CCGCUCUCUUCUCAGUUCUCAGUGUUCUCUCUCUUCCCCUCACGCCGCCCAAACCCUUCUCUCUCUCCUCUCUCUCUGUAUGAAUGUAUGUAUUUGCAUCAGCAUUGUGAAUAGCUUUAUUUCUUAAAUUGUGUUUGUGCAUGUAAUCUGGAGAAUAUAUAUAUAUAUGUGUGUAUGUAUAUGUAUGAUCUAGAAGAUCGAGGUUAAGAUUUUGCCCUAAGGUGAGGAAUUAAGGAUUAAUGGGGUGUGCGCAAUCGAGAUUGGACAACGAAGAAUCGGUGUCGAGAUGCAAGGACCGGAGGAAUCUGAUGAAGCAAUCGGUAAUGGUGAGGAACGCCUUUGCUUCGGCUCACUCCGCAUACGCUAUGGCUCUGAAGAACACCGGCGCCGCCUUGAGCGACUACGCGCAAGGAGAAGUUCCGCCUCCGGCUCAGUCGCCGGUGGUUGUGAGCGAGCCGGCUUCUGAGCCGCCGCCUCCCCCUCCGCCGCACAUGAUGGAGAGGACUCCCCUCCCUCCGCCGCCGCCGCCGUUGCCGAGCUUCUCCCCUCUGCCGCCGCUGCAGCGGGCGAUGACGAUGCCUGAGUUUUCUAAAUCGAGGGGGAAGAUGAAGAGCAUCGCGAUUGAUGAGGAGGAGGAGGAGGAUGAGGAAGAGGAGAGUGGAUUGAAGCUGAGGAAUCAACGGAAUGGGGCUGAGAAAUCGGGUCCGGUAGACAAUGAGACUCCGAUUAAGACGCCGGAGCCGCCCCCUCCUCCACCAGCAGGCGUGGCUUGGGAUUAUUUCUUCACGGUGGAUAACAUGCCGGGAACAACCCUAGGGGAUGUGGAAGAGGAGGACGAGGAAGAGGACGAGUAUAUAGAGGAGAAUGAUGGGGUUCAGGACAGUCCACGAACUCCGAAAUUUGAGAAUGCCCGUGGAGAUGAGGAAUUCAAGACUCCGGAGAAGGGAGGAAUUGAGAGUGAGAUGGAGGAGACGCCGGUGACAGCUAAGGAGAAGCACUUUGUUCAUUCUAACACGGCGCCUCCUGGGAUUAGAGGAUUCAUGAAUGGUGGGAAAGUUAACACGGCAAAUAGUGCAGAUUUCUACAAGGUUUUGGGCGAAAUUGAUGAUCAUUUCCUCAAGGCUUCACAGUGUGCUCAAGAGGUUUCAAAGAUGCUCGAGGCCACUAGGAUGCAUUACCAUUCCAAUUUCGCAGACAAAGAAAAUAUUAAUCAUGCAGAAAGGGUUAUGCAAAUCAUCACAUGGAACAAGUCUCUUAGAGGCAUACCCAAUGGCAAUGGUGCAAAGGACAACUAUGAUGAUGAUGAUGAAUCCGAGACUCAUGCCACUGUUUUGGAUAAGUUACUGGCAUGGGAGAAGAAACUAUAUGAGGAACUAAAGGCUGGUGAAAUUAUUAAACAUGAAUAUCAAAGGAAGAUUGCCAUACUAAACAAGCUGAAAAAGCGCAAUGCUAGUUCUGAAUCACUGGAGAAGGUGAAAGCUGCUGUUAGCCAUUUACAUACUCGUUAUAUAGUUGAAAUGCAAUCUUUGGAUUCAACCGUUGCUGAAGUGAAUGAGAUACGUGAUAAACAAUUGUACCCAAAACUUGCUGCUCUUGUUCAUGGGAUGGCAAAGAUGUGGGAAUCCAUGUGUAGACAUCAUGAAGACCAGAUGAGGAUCGUAAUGGAACUCUCAUCCAUUGAUAUGUCUGCAACCCCCAUGGAAACAAGCAAAAAUCAUCAGUCACACACCAUACAGCUUGCUGAUGUUAUUAAGGAGUGGCACGACCAAUUUGAAAGCCUCGUGAAUAAUCAAAAGAUGUAUAUCCAAGCCCUCAACAGCUGGCUGAAACUAAAUCUCAUUCCAGUAGAGAGUAGCCUGAGGGAAAAACCUUCAUCCCCACUCAGAGUUCAGAACCCUCCUAUUCAGCCACUCCUCCAUGCCUGGAAUGAGCUGCUUGAGAAACUUCCCGAUGAGCACUCUAGAAGUGCAAUUAAUUCUUUUGAAGCUGUGAUAAGGACCAUCAUUAUUCAUCAGGAGGAGGAAGUGAAGCUGAAGGAGAAGUGUGAAGAAACUAGAAAAGAAUAUAUGCGUAAGAGGCAGGCUUUCGAAGACUGGUACCAUAAGUAUAUGCAACGCAGAACUCCACCCGAUGAGAUAGACCCUGAUAGAAGAACAGAAGCUAAUGGCAAAGACCCUGUUUCGGAGAGGCAAUUUGUGGUAGACAGCUUGCAGAAGAGGUUAGAUGAGGAAACCGAAGCUUAUCAAAAGCAUUGUAUCCAGGUGAGAGAGAAAUCUUUGGGAACUCUGAAGAUUCAGUUGCCUGAACUUUUCCGAGCCAUGAGGGAUUAUUCUCACAUGUCUUUCAAUGCUUAUGAAAGAUUGAGACUGCUAGUGGCAUCACAGAACUCAAAUCAAGCUUCAUAGUAUUCUCCUUCCUCCUUUUCUUGCACAAUGAAUGUAGAUUGCAGUGAACCCUUUUACGACCUAAUGAUCUACAAUUGACUAUGUCAAAGUCUUGUUGGUUCUUGAUGGAAUGACUUGCUAAUUUCAAUUGAAUUAGCACAUUUUCACAUGCAUAUGGGUCUAUAUAUUUAUCUCAUGCACACA